CCGUCCUCCGGCUGGAUGGGGCGGGUGGCGGGGGUGCGGAGGGUGGAGCCCCCGCCCGGGGCCCGGCAGAAUGGAGGCGGGUUCAGGCGCGGCUCGGAGCGGGCAGAUCGGCGGCUGCCGCUGCUGAGCCCCUGCGACCCUGGGCGGAGCUCCGCGAUCCAAAUGUCCGGCUCCCGGAGCGAGGUGGGCGGGCGGCUCGGGACCACCGCCAGGGCUGGCAUGGAGCGGUGGCGGGACCGGCUGGCAUUGGUGACAGGAGCUUCGGGGGGCAUCGGCGCGGCUGUGGCCCGGGCCCUGGUCCAGCAGGGACUGAAGGUAGUGGGUUGUGCCCGCACCGUGGGCAACAUCGAGGAGCUGGCUGCCGAAUGUAAGAGUGCAGGCUACCCCGGGACUUUGAUCCCCCACAGAUGUGACCUGUCCAGCGAGGAGGAUAUCCUCUCCAUGUUCUCGGCCGUCCGAUCUCAGCAUAGCGGUGUGGACAUCUGCAUCAACAAUGCUGGCUUGGCCCGGCCUGACACCCUGCUCUCAGGCAGUACCAGCGGCUGGAAGGACAUGUUCAGUGUGAACGUGCUGGCCCUCAGCAUCUGCACGCGGGAGGCCUACCGGUCCAUGAAGGAACGCAAGGUGGAUGACGGGCAUAUCAUUAACAUCAACAGCAUGUCUGGUCACCAAGUGUCACCCCACUCCGUGAUCCAUUUCUAUAGUGCUACCAAGUAUGCUGUCACUGCACUGACAGAGGGACUGAGGCAAGAGCUUCGGGAGGCCCAGACCCACAUCCGAGCCACGUGCAUCUCUCCAGAAGUGGUGGAGACACAAUUCGCCUUCAAGCUCCAUGACAAGGACCCUGAGAAGGCAGCUGCCACCUAUGAAUGCAUAAAGUGUCUCAAGCCCGAGGAUGUGGCCGAGGCUGUCAUCUAUGUCCUCAGCACCCCUCCACACGUCCAGAUUGGAGAUAUCCAGAUGAGGCCCACGGAGCACGUGAUCUAGUUUCCUGUGGGGAGCUCGGCCUUCCCUCCCCGCCCCUCGCAGCUUGGCUCCUGCCUCUGGAUUUUAGGUGUUGAUUUCUGGACUCCUGGAUUCUGCUUCCUCUCCCCACCCCACCAGGGGCUAAAAAAUUUGUUUGAAGUUUUUAUAUCUUAUCAAAUCGUUUCCAUCACAAAUAGGAACAGUGGGCUGGGAAGAGGAGGUGGUGUCCCUGAUUAUUUUACCUGUUAACUCAUUCUCAGUCCCCUUCUUAGGCUCCUUGGCCUUUGUUUGCUCUCUUCCGUCUCUUCCUUUUGACCUGGGGAAGGGACUGUGGCCAAAAGGGGGGCUCCCCCUGUCCCUCAGGAAGGAGGUGGCAGAGAGAAGCCCUCACCUUCCAUCUGAAUGGUAAUCCAAGGCUCCAGGCUUCCUCCUCUCCCUGCCCUACUGCCCCAUUGCCCCUUCACUUCCCCCAUCCCAGUUCUCCAGCCCAGUCUUGGCUUCUCGGCUCCCCCAGGGGUCAUCACUCCACUGACUAUGGCAGCUGAAUACCAGGGCCUGCCUCCCAAGUGGAUUUCACUGUGAUAAUUAAAAAAGAAAAAUUGCAACAAC